AUGGAAAGAUAUGCGCACAAGUUGAAAGAAAAAGCUGAGAGGGAAGGGUAUGCGUCAGUUAAUGAUUUGAAAGCGAAAAUUUUAAAAAAGCAUGAUCUUGGAAUGAUCUCUGAUACUAAUCCAGUUCUAAUAACAGCUGAAAAAAAUAAUGAUAAUCUUGGAUCAUGCAAAAAAGAUUUACCGGCCCAUGUAAAAUCGUUAGACAAAAUAUUGAGGAUAGACAAAAUACUAUCGCAAGAUACAGAAACCAUUUGUCAACUAUGGACUGAAUAUCAUGCUGCUAAAAGUUCAUGUAUCUCGGAUACUCUGGCGGUCAAUGCUUACAAGAAACUGUUUAAACGUGGACAAGAAUUUCCUAUGUUUAUAAUACCUCUCACACACCUAACGGGCCUUGAAUUCUACAUUCUGCAAUUUCAAUAUCACCAAUGUUUCUUCACCUCGCUACUAGAAUACAAAACUUUCGCCGCCGAGUCUCAGCCAUUACUCGUGCUCACGCAUUACAUUGAUUUAAUGGACACAAAAGGUGUGGUUUUGGCGCAUGGGGAAAUCAGGAAACCGAAUAUUUUGAGUAAAGAGAAUGCAAAAUGUUUGGUUCGAUGGUUGCGAGCAUUUUAUUUGGAUGAUGAAAAUUCUAAUAAUAAACAUCAAUAUGAUAAUAUAUCUAAAUGGAAUUUAGUGGUGAAAUUCAAUCGAGAACCAAACAAUUUUGAGUACAGUGAAUUAGUAAAUGUGAUUAAAGGAGAAAAAUAA